UCCGCGCCGACCGGGCGAGCAUCAGUCAUGUCCCGCGUCUCCAGUCACCAGCUCUCCGCUGUCCUCAACUUCUUCCUCCUGCUCGUCUCGGUACAGGACAGAACUUCCGCCGUCCUCGUGCCUUCGGAAGUGCGAAUCGGUGCGCUGUAUGACGGAGAGAGCCCCACGGACCGGACGGCUGUCCGCCUAGCGGUGGAGUUUGUGAACAACAGGACAGAUAUCUUACCGGCCACCAGGAUCAGGAUAGUGGAGGGGACUGUGGUCAUGCUGGCUAACCUGGACAGCGUACUGACAGUGUGUCAUCAAGCUGAGAAGGGUGUGGCGACCUUCAUCGGACCGGGAAGUUCCUCCUCCGUCAAAACCACGCAGCUGGUCUCGGCGGGUCUCGCGAUACCUCAGAUCGCGCCCAUCGCCACGGACCCGAUGCUGGACAACCCGGAGAAGUACCCGUACCUGCUGCGCAUGUCCGCGCCGGACACCGUGCAGAGCCGCGCGCUGGUGGACCUGGUCAACGAGUUCGGCUGGCAGCAGAUGAGCAUCCUGGUCUCACGGGACGACUAUGGUACGCACGGACUGAUGGAGUUCAAGACGCUGGCCAGUCAGCGCGGCUGGCUCAUCCGGACCGUCCAACAGUUCCAACCCAAGGAGAACCCCGCACAGAUAGACGUGCUGAGGCAGCUCAAGGCAAUCAAAACCGCAGGCGCCCGGAUCAUCCUGCUGAACUGCGGCGGGCUGCUGGGGAUGGAGGUGCUGAGGAAAGCCUCCACCAUGGGCAUGACGGGAACGGGCUGGGUCUGGAUCGUCACGGACGGGAUCGCCAGCAUGUCGGAGUUGAGUGAGGAGGUGCCGGAGGACCUGGUGGGUGUCCUGGGGACGAGACCCGUGGGCAGCAGCGGUGACCUGUACACGUCAUUCCGGCAGGUCUGGCGCGGGGCGGACCCCAUCUUGUACCCAGGGGCCGGCAGGAUGAAGAUUGAAGCCAGGGCUGCCAAAUACGCGGACGCCGUCCUGACGUUCGCCUACGCCUUACAACAAAUCAUCAAGGACGGGUUCUACCGGCCCGAGACGCCGCUCUUCUGCGAGGGGAACGUCUCCUGGAAGUGGAGCAACGGACCCGCCAUGCUGGAGUACCUCAAGAAGGUAGACGAGCCCGGCAUCUCCCAGCGGCUCCGCUUUACGGCCGCCAGGAUCCCGCGGGAACCGCUCUUCGACAUCGUCAACCUCAGGAAGCACGGCUGGCAGACGGUGGGUCGGUGGGACGAGGCGCGCGGUCUGAGCAUGCCCAGUAGGAACGUGACCUUCAUGGGCAUGGCGGACCCUGUUCCAGAGGACUACAGGACGGACCUGCGCAAUAGAACCCUCAAGGUUGUUACCAUCGAGGAGAGUCCCUUCAUGAUCAUGCGCGACCAGGACGACCAGGGCAGGAUUCUGCAUGGGAACGAGAGGUUUUCGGGUUUCUGUGUGGACCUCCUGGACUGGAUGUCGCAGGAGAUGGGGUUCAGGUAUGACCUGUAUCACGUGGCCGACAACAAUUGGGGAGCCAAGGACCCGAUCACCGGGAGGUGGAACGGGGUGGUCGCUGACGUGGCCUACAAGAAAGCGGACAUGGUGGUGGCCUCCAUCACGAUCCGGGCUGACCGUGAGGAGGUGGUGGACUUCACCACGCCUUAUAUAGACGUGGGCCUCACCUUCGUCAUGAGUAAGGUGGGCAGGAAGGAGAUCUCACUCUUCAACUUCUUCGGACCGCUCGAGAAAAGGUUAUGGCUGCUGAUCGCCAUCACCACGGUAGCUGUCGGUGUGUUUCUGUCCAUCGUCAACAAACUCAGUCCCUACAGCUGCCGGCCUGUCGCCGUCACAAAACCGGGACAGGACAAUCAUGAGAGAGAGCCGUCCCUGAAACAGAAGGAGAAGACAGAGAAAGCGGAGGAGAAUGAGGAUGAUGAUGACGAUGAUGAGAAUGACCAGACGAGGAUCACCCUGGGAGACUGGAUCUGGAACUCCUUCUGUACGCUGUUCCAACAAGGACCGGAGGAGUACCCCAAAUCUGCCGCAGGCCGGUUCACGGCAGGAGUGUGGUGGCUGGUGAUCCUGAUCCUGAUCGCCACCUACACGGCUAACCUGGCGGCACACCUCACCAUUGGCAGGCUACAGGAGACGGUCGGCAGUGUGGAGGACCUCGCCAAACAGACGGAGAUCGCGUACGGCACUGUCCUGUCGUCGGGCCCUCACAGCUUCUUCCAGCAGUCAGGCAUAGAGACCUUUCAGACUAUGGCGCGUUACAUGGCAACGCAUGACGUCAUGGUGGCUACGUCAGAGGAGGGGAUAGCGCGCGCGCGCAGGGGGAACUACGCCUUUGUCUGGGACAGCGGGAUACUCGACUAUGUGACAAAAACGCCACCAUGCGACUUGAAGACGGUCGGCAGGCUGUUCUCCAAGACAGGGUACGGCUUUGCCCUGCAGAAGAACUCCCCGUACACUAAAGAGUUCACGGAAAAGAUCCUGUGGGCGCGCGAGUCCGGAAAACUGGAGGAGCUCUUCAACAAGUGGACCGGAGGUUCUGAGUGCGCCCGUGAGGACGCUAAGCUGAGUACGAUCGUGAUCGGGCUGGACCACAUGCUGGGUGUGUUCGUGCUUGUGUACGGUCAUUUCUUCGUUCUUACCUUCACUCAUUCCUUCUUUCCUUCCCUCAGGACCGGAGGUUCUGAGUGCGCCCGUGAGGACGCUAAGCUGAGUACGAUCGUGAUCGGUCUGGACCACAUGCUGGGACCGGUGGUUCUGAGUGCGCCCGUGAGGACGCUAAGCUGA